AAAGAAUCAAAAAGGCGAAAAGAAAGAAAAAAAAAGCAAAAAGAGAGAGAGAGAGAAGAAGAAGUGAGACUUGUGUUCUUACGGUGUUUAUAGCUUCUUUGUUUUGUCUUUUAGGUUCUUGCCUUUUUCCAAUCAAUCAGACCAAUCCCUCCUUCACUUUUAGCAUCUUCUUCUUCUUUCAUCUUAUUCUCUUUCCUUGUCUUUAUAUAUCUGGGAAUUUUCUUCAAUCGAUUCCUCUUUGUUGUAAUCACAAAUAGAGAGAGAGAGAUAUGUAUAAUCAGUUGGCGAUAUCUUCUUCUUCAUCAUCAUCUUCUUCUUCUUCGUACUAUGAAUCUUUGAAGAUUUUGGAAGCUGAUGUUCAACACGCUAAUUCUUUGGAAGAAGCAAUUCCAAUGGGGAAGAACAAUGUGCGGCUUCAGAUGAAGUUGGCUUUGGGUUAUCUAAGAAACAAAGGGGACAUUGAGAAACUCUUCUCCAAGCAGAUAUUUGAUACUGCGAUUCAUUUUGCGGGUCUUAAAGCUGUGGGUGAGAGUGUUGGCAACCCUCGCCGCUACUUUGACAAUAACUUGGUUGGAACAAUCAAUCUAUAUGAGACCAUGGCAAAGUACAACUGCAAAAUGAUGGUGUUUUCAUCAUCUGCAACUGUUUAUGGACAACCUGAAAAGAUUCCAUGCAUGGAAGACUUUGAAUUAAAGGCUAUGAAUCCUUUUGGUCGUACUAAGAUUUAUAAUCGUGAAAGUUGGCUCUAUUGUGAUUGAUACCUUGAAAAAAGUAUUGGUGAGGAUCCAAAAGGCAUCCCCAAUAAUCUCAUGCCUUACAUCCAACAAGUGGCCGUUGGACGUUUACUGGAACUCAAUGUCUAUGGACAUGACUAUCCCACCAAGGAUGGUAGUGCGGUAAGAGACUACAUACAUGUGAUGGAUUUAGCAGAUGGCCAUAUCGCUGCGCUCAGGAAGCUAUUUGCUGAUCCAAAGAUUGGUUGUACUGCUUACAAUCUAGGCACUGGUCAAGGAACGUCUGUGUUAGAAAUGGUUGCAGCUUUUGAAAAAGCUUCCGGCAAAGUAAUAACGGAAAAUGAAUUCAGAAGGGUACAUAGUUUGUAAUGGUUGUUUAAAAUGGUGAAACAAAAACAACAUUUGCAGAAAAUCCCGAUCAAGCUUUGUCCGAGAAGGUCAGGAGAUGCAACAGGAGUUUAUGCUUCAACAGAGAAGGCUGAGAAAGAACUUGGCUGGAAGGCAAAAUAUGGAGUGGAUGAGAUGUGCAGAGAUCAGUGGAAUUGGGCAAACAACAAUCCAUGGGGUUACCAGAAGAAGCUUUGAAUUUACUUCCUUUUUUGGAUUUACCAUUUCUAAUUACUCAAAUCUAUUGUGCUUUAUAUUCCACAUGUAUCGAACUGGUCUCUUACCGUGACAUCUUCAUUGGCCUUUAAUGCUUGAGCAA